AGUAGAUUUUCUGGCAUCGUGUGGAGCACAUUCCCUGUACCUCAUUCUUGUCAUCGUAGUUCAGGCAGUAAGACGUAUUAGCAAUUAAAUAAACACAACCAAUAUAUUUUUCAAUAAAAAAAAUAAACAAAAAAACCAACAUAAAAAUAGUGACAUAAUAAUUGAGUGAAAAUAAGUGUGAGACCAGUAAUCGUGUGAGAAAGUUAUCGUGCAAGACAGUAACCGUAACCGUGUUCUAUUAUAAUCGAGUGAUUAAAUUAUUUUUGGCUUUAAAUAUUCGAAUAUCUUUAAAUUUUCUUUUUGACACUAUGGAUAAACCGGGACCGGGCCCCAAUCAGAGCGUCUACAAGAAAGGAGGCUAUGAUCCUGAGGAGUCGCGGUCUCGUCGGCAUGAGGUCACCGUGGAGUUGCGGAAGUCCAAGAAGGAGGACGAGCUGAUGAAGAGGCGGAACAUUGGUCAAGAGCUCCAGAGUGAUACAGACUCGAAGACCAAGACGCCCCAGAUGAUGGAGUACGAGAAUAACAAUGAUGAUGAAGAAAUGAAAGACGUGGAGAAGAAUAACAUGCAGAUCAUGUUAUAUAGUAAUAAUAAUAAUGAAGCUAAACCAAAGGCUAAUGAUAAAGAUAAUGGCUCUGGUGAUGACAUCGAUGUGGUCAUGAACACAGUCCAAGAGAUAAUGCUCGCUGUGGGCGGCUCCAUCGAUGAAGAGUAUCAGUUUUUGGGCAUCCAAUCGGCCCGAAAGUUGCUCAGCCACCUCCGGCACCCGCCCAUCGACAUGCUGAUCCACUACGGACUAUUGCCGUACUGCGUGGAGUUCUUGAAGAGGCACCACAAUCCCAAACUGCAAUUGGAGGCCGCCUGGACCCUCACCAACGUCGCCUCGGGCACAUCCGAACAGACCAUGGCCGUGGUCAAUGCCGGUGCUGUGCCCCAUUUGGUGGCACUGUUGCGUUCCAAGUCCAAGGACGUCGUUGAGCAGGCCAUCUGGGCCCUGAGUAACAUAUCCGGCGAUGGACCAGAGUGCCGAGAUCUGGUCCAUUGUUUCAACAUAAUAGACUACAUACUGCCCCUGCUCAAUGUCCCGGAUCCGAUCACCUUUGGCCGCAAUCUCACUUGGCUGAUAGCCGUUUUGUGCCGCGGCCCAAUGGAGCCACCGUCCUUCUCCCAGGUGGCCAGGUUGCUGCCCCACCUGGUCCACCAGUUGAAUAACACGCCGGACAUUCAGGUCCUGUCCAACACCGUCUGGGCAUUCACGUACAUGACCGACCGGAACUACCAUCAGAUCCGGGUGGUGCUGCAGUCGGGUGCCGUGCCACGGAUUAUCGGCUUUUUGGACCAUGCCAACAUAGCCGUCUUGAUGCCGGCACUGCGAUGCAUUGCGAAUAUCAUCACCAAGUCGGAUGAGCUCACCGAUCUGAUGAUAUCGCUGGGUGUCCUGCCGUAUCUGGCCAAGUUGCUGCAGCACGAGAAGCUGGUGGUCAUCAAGCUGACCUCCUGGAUAGUGAGCAAUAUGAGCUACAAUCAGAACCAUAUCCAGGCGAUGCUGGAGGCGCACGUCUAUACGCAGCUGGGAAAGAUUAUGUCGCAGGGCGACUUCCGGAUCCAGAGGGAGGUGGUCUGGUGCAUCACCAACACGAUCGCAUCGGCAACUCCGCUCCAAAAUAUAACUAUGGUGGACGACUGUGGUGUUCUCAAGCCGUUUGUCGAGAUGCUCGGCUCGCAGGACACCAGGACCUUGCUGAUCGUCCUAACUGGGAUCGGCAGCCUGUUCAACCUGGCCGUCAAGUUGGGCGCCACCCCGAGCUUCUGUUUGAAAUUCGAGGAGCUGGGCGGCCUGGACAGGGUGGAGAAGCUGCAGAUGCACUAUCACAUGGAUGUCUAUGAAAUGGCAUUCGAGAUAAUCGAUACCUACUAUCCGGAGGUGGAGGACUCGGGCGGCAACCAUCGCGCCCCAAAACAACGCAGUCCCAGGCGUGGUGCUGGAGAUGGAGCUAGUCAGGAAGAGCUUGAAGCAGCAUUAACAGGGCCAGGAUCAGCUGGCCCAGGACUAUCCGCGGAUGGGCAGUCCUUUGAGUUGUCAGGACCGCCCAUGCCGGAGGGCGGAUUUCACUUUUGAUAAAGGGAUUCUUCAGUCAUCGUAACUACUACUACUCCAUUGGGUCAAAAUUAUCAAUAGUACAAAAUUUACACUCCCCUACACAAUUCCACUCCCCUACACGAUUCCACACUCGUUAAUUAGUCAUACAUGUGAAUUAUUAAAAUGGAUAAUCACACUCGCACACUUAAAAAAAUAGGUACACUUAAAAAAAAAAACUAAAAAAGCAAGCUGUAAACAAAACCAUUACACUUCAAAUACACUUACACACUAUACAAGAUAUCUAAGGCUUCCCCGAUCCCCCAUAAGGGGAAUACUUAGAUACUUAUGAUACACCAGUCUCUCCAAAUGCUAUAUUUCCAAAUGCUAAACACACUAUAUACACUAUAUACACUAUAUGCACUAUAUACACUAUUUACACUUAAUUUACACUUUUACACUUUGUAAGCGUGUGGUCUCUUCAUCCUCAACUCCAUAUAUAAUAUGUGUAACACCAUACACUUGAAUUUUAUUCAUUCCCCCCAUCAAUGAAUAAAAUUCAAUAUUGUUGCAUGUGAAA